GAGUCCGCGGUGUUUGAUAGUGCGGGCCGUCACAUUUGGAAUUCAAUACAAAUUUUGAAUAGAAUCCCAAACCAUAUCGCGGGUACAUCAAAGUUUAUCCAACAUGGGUGGCCAUCUUCUCGCGCUGCUUUUUGCAGUGCCUCUUGUCAUGGCAGAUUUGUACGCUCCGAAUACUUACCCAAACAUGGGCAGUAAAGGGACCUCCUCUGGUAGCACUAGCGUGAACAAUGCGUAUUCUAAACAAGCAACCGGUAGCACGAGUGUGAACUCAAACUCGUACCAAGCGUCAUCAACUUCAACAAGUUUUGAUCAAAUGCUGCCUCUUCUGACGAACAUAGACACGCGAAUAAACUCGUUUGCCUCAAUAAGCGAACAAUUCGCGUCGUUCAGUGCCCAGAUGAACAAGAUCAGCAUAUUUGAGACAAAGAUUACUCAAAUGCAAGAAAGACUUGAUCGUCUGGGAAUACUAGAUACGAUCAUGAGCAAAUUUACAACCUUGGACAAUCAAAUAAGUAAAUUUGCAUCUUUUGAAAACCAAAUUGGUUCGCUAUCAAAGUUGUUGCCAUCACUCGAUAAAUCCAUCAACGACAGAUUUGUAAAUAUAGAAGGCAAUUUUAACAAUUUGUUUCCCCAAAUUAAAACCAUGGGUACUCAAGUAAACACCAUCUCUGUUUUGCAAAAGAAUGUUGAUAGCCUUUUGGGACUUGUUCCGCAAAUUGCGUCUAUGGGAAAAGGAUUGUCAGUUUUGUCUGAUCUUGGUACUCAAUUCACCAGCAUGCAAACCAUUGUUAAUCAGCUGACCACUCAGGUGCAGAGCGUGGUAACAAUUAGCCAGACAACAAGCCAAAACCAGAAGAUCAUUAUUGACGACAAGAACACAUUAUACGAUAGAAUUGGGAGAUUGGAAACCAGAUUCAAUUCUUCCGAUGUUUACCUUAAUAAGGUUCUGGGUUUGAACGACCAAUUUAAACAGAUGUCUACUCAAGUCGUAAAUAUUGUGCAGUCCACCACUCAAUCUCAGACGACAGUCACAACCAAUAUCAAUAACCUGCUGGGAAAAGUAACGCAGUUAGAAGGUUUAUUUAAUACAACGCAGACGAAUAGCCAAAAUAGAUACGGAAAAGAUCUAGAUUAUCUGAAGGACAAAGUUGCUCACCUGGUUACACUUGAAGACCACGUGUACGCUCUUACGAACGUGGAAUCCAAAAUACAGUCCAAUAUUAAUGACAUCACUAUACAGAUAACUAACAUUCAAAAUAACAUUAAGACAAUAUCGACCAAUGACCAGAAGAAUUGCUCAAAUAUGGCACAACAGAUAGUAACUAUUAGCAAUUACCAAAACAACAUGCAGACCCAAAUUGACAAAAUAUUUGGCGUCCAGCAAAACAUAUUCGGUCUUGUAGGGGAUCUUGGAGGCAGAUUCAACACCAGUUUUGUAAGUUUUAACAACCUAACAAACAAGGUCACAAGUAUUGAGGCUAAGCUGACCAGUAUAUCGCAUGAACUCGAUAAUAUUGAAGGCGAUAUGGAUUUGAUUAUUGUUAACAUAACGAAUAUUCAACGUCUCAGCGUAGCAUUUGGAACCAGCCAGACGAGUUUUACUAAAACACAAGAACAAAUUAUAGCCGAACAAAGCAAACUUUUCGGUAUUCUGGGCAGUCUCUCUGGCAAUCAGUCUUCAACUACGGUCAGCAUCACCAGCUUAUCUACAAAGUUUAAUGACAUGCAAAAGGUCGUCACUGGUAUCAAUGGUUUUGUUGUCGACUUCGGCAAAACUAUUCAGGGCCAGGCAACAAACAUCAACAACAUAGAUGUACGAAUGAAUGCUGUGACGAACAUCGUCAACACUGUCAUAAACAACGUGACCGUUAUAUCACAGAAUAUCCAGAAAAUUGGUGUAAAUAUAAACAGUGUAUUGGUUAACAUUACAGACAUUGAUGUUCGGGUUAACAAUAUUGGCGUAAAUCAGACAACCAUACAUACAGACAAUCUGAAUUUGUUUAAGCUGAUUUCUACAAUCGAUGGCAGAUUCCAGACAACUGAUCAAAGUCUUGUCUUCUUUAAGGAUAAGAUAAGCGGGAUCGAAUCUGGUUUUGGAGGGUUCAGGCAAAAUUUCAACUCAUUUAACGUCACCCUUAAUCAGGUUAUAACAAACGUCAAUAAUGUUAAUGUGAAUAUAAACAGCGUGUCUGUUGAAGUGAACAAUUUGAAGACAAACUUCGGCAAUAUUUCAGGAAGCGUAAACAAUUUGGGAGUGAACGUAAACAAUAUUGGAACAUCGGUUGUCAAUUUACAGAACAACGUUAACGUGCUUAUAGUAAAUAUUACGAACAUAAACUCACGAGUAGGUCAGAUUAUCGUUAACCAAACUACCAUUCAGACAAGCCAGAACCAGAUAGUAUCAGUUAUAAACUCAAUCAAUAGUCAGGUAUCUGUUACUGGUGAAGGUCUUACGGUUGUUACAAGGAAGGUCGUGGAUAUCGACGGAAUCAUUGGAAAGUUGGGACUUGGAUUACAAACUAUUCAGAGCAACGUCAAUAACGUUACAGUACAAUUCAAUAAUGUACAGGGUAAUUUGAACACCGUUACAACAGUUGUAAAUAACCUUCAAGUUAACAUGAAUACUAUUAUGGUAAACAUAACGGAUAUUGAUAAUAGACUUGGAUUCUUUGGACAGAAUCAAUCGUCUCUGCAGGUCAAUCAAAACCAGCUAUUUGACAACCUUCUAGGGCUUGGAAGGCAAAUUAACACCACCAAUGUUAAUUUCAAUGCAAUUACAACACAGAUGACGAAAAUCGAGACAAAUGUCAAUGUUGUUGCCAAGGAUGUUAGCAAUGUACAAGUAAUUGUACAAACUGUAUCAAAUAAUAUUAACAUCAUCAACAACAACAUUACCGUUUUGUCAGGAGGGCUUACAAAGUUUGGCGGUGUAGUCACUGGUCUUUCAACUGACUUCGGUAACUUUGGAAGUGUCUUCAGAGAUGUAUCUGGCAGGGUGAUAAACAUCGAAAACAACUUAAACGUAUUGAUGGUAAAUGUUACUAACAUUGACGUGCGAAUGAAUGUUUUCGGAAUUAAUCAGACCACCGUUAUUCAAAAUGAACAGAAAAUAUUCAGCGUAUUGAACAACGCCUUACAAAAUAUUCAGACAACUGAUUCUAACCUCGGUGCCUUGUCUCAACAAGUUCUCGCCUUCAAUGGCAACUUCAACAAUAUAUCAAGCCUCGUUACUGGACUUGGAUCAAAUUUUAACGCAAUAUCUGGUUCUGUUGGUUCGUUCAACGAUAGGCUCAAUGUUAUGUCUACAAACAUUGUCAAUAUACAGCAGAAUUUUGCAGUCGUCAUCAACAACAUCACAAAUAUCAAUGUCUUCGUAGCGAAUAUUAAUGCAAACCAAUCAGUCUUGCAGACCAAUCAAGGAAAUAUUUUGGGUACAAUCAGUAAUCUGCUAGGUAGAUUUGAAAUAACAGAUUCUAGUAUUACUUCUAUUUCAAAUGAUAUAACAAACAUAAAUUUGAAUGUGAACAGUUUGACGCAAAAUUUCAACGUAGUCCAAAGCAACGUUGUACAAGUAGAAAAUAAUAUUAACAACCUUGGAGGUAACCUAACCGUUGCCAUAUCUACUGUAACGAACAUUGUGAAUGAUAUAGAUAUAUUGAAUGUAAACCUUGGAAAACUGGGCGGUGUUGUUUCGGUCAUUGGAAACAAUCAAAGUACACUAGAAGUCGGCAAUCGUGAUCUCAUGGCACAAAUUGUACUGCUUUCAAGGUCCCUCUCAUCUACAACUGGACAGAUAACCGCUAUCACACAAACAAUAAACAGUUUGAGUAAUAAUGUCACAGUCAUUUCAAACAAUGUUAACAACAUUGAUGUGGAUGUGAAUGAUUUAUCUGGCCGAUUUGGCAAUUUCCAAACGGAUUUUACUGGUUUAUCUGGAAACUUUGCAACUAUGCAAACAAACAUUAACAAUAUAAACUUAAAUAUUAACAAUGUUAACGGCAACAUUGGAAAUUUAUCUGUGACAGUCAACAACAUUCAGACAAAUAUUAACGUGAUGAUGGUAAAUAUAACGAAUGUGGAUGCACGUGUUACCGUUAUUGCACAAGGUCAAUCGUCCUUUACAAAUGUCCAGGGAUCUUUACUUCAAAACGUCUCAUCGGUUCUCAACAGAUUAAAUGUUGGAGAUGACAAUGUUAGGGGACUUACAGAUUUGGUUCGUGGUUUUGGAACAAGCCUUAACCGUGUCACGACAGAUAUUGAUAACGUGCAGAGUAUAGUGAACAACGUUACGAAUGUUGUUAGCGGAAUUGAAGAUUCGGUUGUGACUAUUACUACUAACAUUGUGAACAUUCAACAAACGGUCAACAUCGUACAAACCACAAUAACAGAUAUUGAUGUUAACUUGAAUUUAGUCAUGGUUAAUAUUACCAAUAUAGAUCAGAGAGUAACGAUUAUUAUAAAUAACCAGACAUCAAUUCAGAACAAUGUUGUUUCACUGGACAAUGACUUUAUAUCAAUACGUGAUGUUGUACGUGUAACUAGUGGAAGCGUAAACAAUCUGACACGAAUUGUAGAUGGCAUUGGUGUUAACGUCAACAGCUUAACAACAAAUGUGGAUAAUAUUCAAGUAAAUAUCAACGGAGUUUCGGGAGACAUGAAUGACAUUCGAAGAAUGAGCUAA